GAAAUUGAGCUAAUACUAUAAACCUUAUCGUCUACUCUAUCUAAUCCCCCCCUCUCUGCACCAAAACCCCUCUUUGUUCUCUCCACAGAGAACUUCCCCUAUCUCAUACUAUCCAAUUUUACUUCAUCCCAAUUCAAUUGAGAAGCGAGGAGUUGUUGACGGCAUGGAUUUCAAAGUAGAAGCGACGUCGUUUCCACCUGUAGUCUCUUCUCCUUCUCCAGGUUCUUCUCCUAUCAACAAUUCAUCUUCUUCUCUCGAUUCCCAAAUGCAAAAUAACGUUGCAAACACUGCUACCGAAAUUAAUAACAAUAAUAAUAGUUAUAAUAGUAACUGCGUUAGUGAUGAUGGAACACUUGUGAGUGGUGGUCAGCGAGAAAAGAUUGUUACGGGCUCUGAAAGGCCCCUUCUUGCUGACCCAGAUGAGAAAACCGUAGAAAAAUCCAUUGGUGAAGAGCAGCCCAAUGAUUCUGCGGAAAUUUCGAUGCUGAAGUCAGUGAAGCCUGUUUCUGAGGUUUCUAUGAUUGAUGGUGUCGAAAAAGUUGAGGUUUUGGGGGGAGAAAAGGGUGAAGGGAUUACGUUGAGUGAGGAUUCUGGCGGAGUUGGUGGUUCUGUUUCUGAGGGAAAUACUGAAGAAUUAAACUCAGUUGAUGAGUCUAAUUCGAUUGAGCAGGUGAAAGAGAGUGGUGGUGAGAUUGCUGUAGGUACAGAAUUGAAAAAGGGUGUGGAUGGGUCCACCCAGGAGGAGGUGAAGGAAAUUGAGGAGAAUGAAAAGGAUGAAGCUUUAACUAGUGUUGCUUCAUCUAAUCUGAAAGGGGCUGUGGAACCUGAUAAGACGGUGAUUGAAGAGAGUGCUACUCAUAGUGAUGAUGCCGAAAAACCCAAUAAGGCGGUUGUUGAACCGUCGGAGUCUUUGUUGGUUGAAGCGAACCGUGAGAAGUUUACGCUUGAAGGAGAUGCGGUUGUGGAUGCUAUUGAUGUUAAUGUCAAUGUGUCAGCGCCAGGGGUUGCUGUUGGUGGAGAUGUGGAAGAGAGUGCUAUUCCUAGUGAUGAUGCCGAAAAACCCAAUGAGGAGGUUGUUGAACCGUCGGAGUCUUUGUUGGUUGGAGCAGAAGGUGAGAUUACUCCAGAAGGAGAUGCAGUAGUGGAUGCUAUUGAUGUCAAUGUCAAUGUGUCAGCGCCAGGGGUUGUUGUUGUUGGAGAUGUGGAAGAGAGUGAAGUGAAUGUAUCAGCGCUAGGGGUCCCUGUCGUUGGAGAUGUGGAAGGGAGUGUAGUGAAUGUGUCAGCACCAGGAGUUGCUGUUGUUGGAGAUGUGGAAGAGAGCAAGGAAGUGGAACAACAUGUUGAAAGUCCUGCUGAUGUGUCAGAGUCUUUGUUGAUUGAAGCAGAUGGUGAGAAAUUUACUUCAGAUGGAGAUGCAGUUGUGGAUGCUAUUGAUGUCAACGUCUCAGGGACAGGGGUUGCUGUUGUUGGAGAUGUGGAUGAGAACAAGGAAGUGAAAGAACAUGUAGAAAGUACUGCUGAUGAGAAUGUGACAUCAGUAAAUGGUGUUGGUGAGACCAGACAACUUAUUGAAGAAGUGGCUAAUAUGACAGUUGAUGAAGUAGAUGUUCAGAAGUCUAAGCCUGCAGUGGAUGAUAAUGUUGCAGCUGCAGAAUCCAAGCCUGUGGAUAUCAUUGUUGGUGCUGGAAGUGAUGAAAAACUAGAUGCUGGAGACGUUCAGACUGGUGAUGCGGUAGCUGCUACCGAGGAAAUCAAAGAAGCAGAUCCUGAAAGUGGUAAUAUAAGUCCGGACGUGAAGGAUGUCGAAAAGGAACCUGAGCAGGCAGUGUCUGAAACUAUUUAUGCCAACGGUGACCAUUCCGAAGGAAGCAUUGAGGGAGAUGUAGUGGAAGCUGAAGUCUCAGGUCAGUCAUCUGCCAUAUCAAGGUCAAUCAGUGGCUCACAGCAAAUACUGGAAGCAGAUGGAGAAGCUAAAGAUCAAAUAGAUGAAGAAGCUGAGCUUGAAGGCUCAAUUUCAGAUGGAGAGACAGACGGUAUGAUCUUUGGAAGCUCUGAAGCUGCCAGACAGUUUAUUGAAGAGCUGGAAAGGGAAUCCGGUGGUGAUUCCUAUACUGGUGCUGAGGCUUCACAUGAUCAUUCACAGGAAAUUGAUGGUCAGAUCGUCACCGACUCAGAUGAGGAGGCUGAUACUGAUGAAGAAGGAGAUGGGAAGGAGUUGUUCGAUUCAGCUGCCUUAGCUGCCCUUUUAAAAGCAGCAACAGGUGCUGAUUCUGAUGGUGGAAACAUCACAAUCACAUCUCAAGAUGGGUCAAGGCUAUUCUCUGUUGAACGUCCUGCUGGUCUUGGGUCAUCACUGCGGUCGCUGAGGCCAGCUCCCCAACCAAAUCGCCCCAAUCUUUUUACUCCUUCCAGUCUUCAGAAUAGUGGAGAAUCUGAGAAUAACUUGAGUGAAGAAGAAAAGAAGAAACUGGAGAAAUUACAGCAGAUUAGGGUCAAGUUUUUGAGGCUUAUUCACAGGUUAGGGUUUUCUUCUGAUGAGUCCAUAGCUGCUCAAGUAUUGUACCGGCUGGCACUUAUUGCACGAAGGCAAAACAGUCCACUUUUUAGCCUGGAGGCUGCCAAGAUGAGAGCUCUCCAGCUUGAAGCAGAGGGGGAAGAUGAUUUGGACUUCUCUGUUAAUAUCCAGGUUAUUGGAAAAUCAGGAGUGGGUAAGAGCGCUACCAUAAAUUCGAUCUUCGGAGAGGAAAAAACUCCAAUUAAUGCAUUUGGGCCAGCUACCACCAGUGUGAAAGAGAUUAGUGGUGUUGUAGAGGGUGUUAAGAUUCGGGUAUUUGAUACACCCGGUCUCAAGUCCUCUGUGAUGGAACAGGGUUUCAACCGCAGUGUCUUGUCUUCAGCAAAGAAGUUUACUAAGAAGAACCCCCCUGAUAUUUUCCUUUACGUUGAUCGGCUAGAUGCCCAAACUAGAGAUCUCAAUGAUCUUCCUAUGCUGAAGACUAUCACAAGUUGUCUUGGCCCUUCAAUAUGGAGAAGUGCCAUAGUCACUCUCACACAUGGAGCUUCUGCACCUCCAGAUGGGCCUUCUGGCUCCCCUUUAAGUUAUGAGGUGUUUGUUACUCAAAGGUCUCAUGUUGUUCAGCAGUCUAUUGGUCAAGCAGUAGGCGAUUUACGAAUGAUGAGUCCAAGUUUGAUGAACCCUGUUUCUCUGGUAGAGAAUCAUCCAUCUUGUAGGAAGAAUAGGGAAGGGCAGAAGAUACUACCUAAUGGCCAGAGCUGGAGGCCUCAAUUACUGUUAUUAUGCUACUCAAUGAAGAUCUUGUCUGAAGCAAGUGCACUCUCAAAGCCUGAAGAUCCAUUCGAUCACCGUAAGCUCUUUGGUUUCCGCACACGCUCACCACCUCUUCCCUACAUGCUGUCCUCAAUGCUGCAGUCACGUGCGCAUCCCAAGCUUCCCGCUGAGCAGGGUGGUGAUAAUGGUGAUUCAGACAUUGACUUGGAUGAUUUGUCAGAGUCUGACCAAGAAGAAGAAGACGAGUACGACCAGCUUCCUCCCUUUAAGCCUCUUCGGAAGGCUCAACUCGCUAAGCUCAGCAAAGAACAGAGGAAGGCAUAUUUUGAGGAGUACGACUAUCGGGUCAAGCUCCUUCAGAAGAAGCAGUGGAGGGAAGAGUUGAGAAGAAUGAGAGAAAUGAAAAAUAACAAGGGAAAAGAGGCAGCAAUUGAGUAUGGUUAUGCAGAGGAAGAUGCUGAUACAGGGGCAGCAGCUCCUGUAGCAGUUCCCCUACCCGACAUGGUCCUCCCACCUUCUUUUGAUAGUGAUAAUCCUGCCUACAGGUACCGGUUUUUGGAGCCCACUUCUCAGUUUCUUGCAAGGCCUGUUCUGGACACGCAUGGUUGGGAUCAUGAUUGUGGCUAUGAUGGUGUUAACGUGGAACAGAGUUUAGCCAUUGCAAGUCGUUUCCCUGCUGCAGUUACUGUCCAAAUCACCAAAGAUAAGAAAGAUUUCAGUAUCAAUUUGGACUCUUCUAUUUCUGCUAAGCAUGGAGAUAAUGGAUCCACCAUGGCUGGCUUUGAUAUUCAAAGCAUAGGAAAGCAACUUGCAUAUAUUGUCAGGGGAGAAACCAAAUUCAAAAUCUUGAAGAAGAACAAGACUGCUGGUGGAAUUUCUGUCACAUUUCUAGGUGAAAAUGUGGUUACCGGGCUUAAAGUUGAAGAUCAGAUCACCUUAGGCAAGCAAUACGUUCUAGUUGGCAGCACUGGCACUGUUCGAUCUCAGAGUGACACAGCUUAUGGUGCCAACUUUGAACUGCAGAGAAGGGAGGCAGAUUUUCCAAUUGGUCAGGUGCAAUCCACAUUGUCUAUGUCUGUCAUAAAGUGGAGAGGUGAUUUGGCUCUAGGAUUCAACAGUAUGGCGCAAUUCGCGGUUGGGCGUAAUUCUAAGGUAGCUGUUCGAGCAGGAAUCAAUAACAAGCUCAGUGGGCAAAUAACUGUGAGGACAAGCAGUUCAGACCACCUCUCUCUUGCACUUUCUGCUAUAAUUCCAACUGCAAUUGGCAUCUACAGGAAACUUUGGCCUGAUUCUGGCGAGAAGUACUCGAUCUACUAAAUUUCAUUUUCAUUUCAGCAUUUUUGGUUAAUUGAACUUUGUAAUGGCGUAUUAUCUUGUCAUUCUAUUGAAUAAUGCUUCUGUCAUUUAUCCAUUCAUGUAGGAUUCCUACUCGUAUCAGUUUUGCGUGAUUAAAUGUGCUCUUUUACAAGAUGAAAUCAAGAGGUUCGUGUUGCUUAAA